AUGUUGGAAGCCGCCCGGGCAGCUUUUGCCUUGUGGCAAGCUGCAUCGUCGUUGACAUUCAGACGAAAUAUAUCAGAUCCAAAUAUUUUAAUAUCAUGGCGCGACGGUAAUCACAUGAUGCUCGAUCGUCGAAACGGUAACUUGUGCCCCUCUCCAUUGGAUGGUCGGGGAGGGGUACUCGCACACGCCACUUAUCCAACGGGGCACGCGGGUUAUACCUCCGAGAUUCAUGUCGACAGUAAGGAACAUUGGUAUAUCUAUCUAGAUCAGACUCCAUCGAAUUCCGACAGCCUAUUAUACGUGCUGACGCACGAGAUCGGUCACUCCUUGGGAUUGCAGCACGAUCCGCACACGGAUUCCAUCAUGUACGCCUACACGACGCACUAUUCCCAUCCUAUUAAACUGAGCGACGAGAAUAUUCUCAAUAUUCAAAAUCUCUACGGUAACUCGACCGCCGGAAAAUCGCCGAAUAGACCGAUAUCCCCGCCGAAACUUCCGGUACCAACGCCAAAGGAUAUUCCAAACGAUCUGUGCGAAAUAAACCGCAUCGACGCGAUAUUAUUGUUGAAAAAACGAAUGUAUAUCGCGAGCGAAAAAUACGUAUGGUUGAUAAGACUGGACGAUAGGAAAUAUAACCAACCGAUGACGCUUUCUACUUAUUUGAAAUUUCUACCUCCGAAUCAUACGCGCGUUUCAGCCUCGUAUCAGACUCCGUCCGGCGACAUAAUACUAUUCGUGGAUAAUACUAUUUACAAGGUGAAUUAUCCGAGCUUCUUGUUGGAUAUCAAUUGGCCGAAAACAUUUUCGCAAUUCGGAUUGCCCGCAGACGCGACGAUAAACGCCGCGAUAAACACGCAUCGAGGACGCUCCUACGUAAUAUAUGACGGAUACAUGAUCGGUGAGGUGGACGACUAUAACGGAAACAUCGUUAAGUAUCAUACUAUUCAAACGAUCUUUCCGGGAAUACCGCCGAAUGUUACGUUGGCCUUCCGAUACCUCGACGGUAACCUUUACUUCGUGUCGCAACAACAACAGAUUUACAAAUUCAACGAAUUUACGGAAAACGUAAUCUCGGCGAGUGAAUUCGACGUGCAAACGCUCGGCAUAAAUUGCCCGCGACACGGAUUACUGCAACAAUUGCGCGACCUCUUGCACAAGUUCACGCGAAAUACCGAAACGUUGACGAGAGAGAGGGACGGCAAUUUAUUUUAG